AUGGUAAUUGGGCUUUUCCACCCACAAAUAUGGAUUCAAGCAGUUGCCCUAACUGUGAUUUACAUUAUAACAUUCAUUACAAUACUUGGCUUCCUUGUGUUUCUAUGGACGCCAGUCUUCCUACCGAUUUCUGUUAUAUUCGGACCGGCCGGACCAUUGACAUAUAUAUUAACACUAUACACGAAUACACAGCUUAUCACGACAUAUAUUGUCAAUUCUCACUUAUUCGUUCCAUUGUUUGAUCAUACGUUGUCAGCCCUUUUGCACGUACCCAUGAUUGUAUCAGUUAAGAAGGCUGAUCUAACCGAACCAAAAGAAAUUAAUGCCCAUGAGGUGUUAACCGUCUUGCGAUUAAUGAUCAGCGCUUCUGUAUUGAUAUUUUUGGUAGCGGUACCGGUCGUUGGUCCUAUUAUUCUUACUUUUGCCAUGAAUAUGAAAUUUGCGUACGACAAUUUUGAACGUUACCUUAUUCUUAACAAUCUCUCGCAAAUAAAAAGAAGGGAUUUUUUCUACCAGCACCUUGUUCAGUUCCUAUACUAUGGCAUGUCAUUUACUAUUCUGGGUUUUGUACCAUUACUAUCAGUAUGGGCAAUGGCAUGUUAUCCCCUAGGAGUGAGCAUGUGGGGUGCCUUGAACUCUCCAGAAUUUGCUGACAUUGAGGGUGAAAUAGACCAUUAA